AUGUGUACCGAGCAAGAAGUCCGUGUGCAGUUGUUGUUGGCUUUCUUCUUCGUAGCUGCACUUUCCUACCAAGAAGUUGAAGGUAUAAAAGAGAAUAUUCAUCCCUGUAUUUCGUUUUUGCAACUUAUUUUUAUUAUUUUUACUUUUUGUAUUUCCCAGUGCUGAGUAUCAAAACUGGAAUAUGCAAUUUCACCAUUACUACUCCUGGUCUGUUUGCGUGUGAAAAGGUUUCCUUUGAGAAUACUUUCAAUGGCGGGCAGGAUGUGAAAGUUUUCGUUUCCAAAAGCCACACAACAAACAGUUAUAGUGGUGGAAAUGGCGCGGCUAUUUGGGUGGAAUCUGUGGAUAAUAAAGAAUUUACAGUUUGUGUUUUGGAGUACGGAGAUGGUUCUAGUAGGACUGCGAAAGUGAACUGGAUGGCGCUGCAAUCUGUUCCUGUUGGCGCUCAACUAGACACAAUCUCGUUGGAUUCUUGGACUACUGGAGAAAAGUGUAAAAGGAUCGCCUUUGAAAAGGUUACCUCUGUUUCCCCUUGCGUUUUCGUUAAGUUAAUAGUUCUUACUCAUUUACUAGGUAUUUCUGUUUGCUCAAACCUAGACACAAGAUUUCACUACGUCAUUUUUUAAGCUUUGCUUGACUAAUUGGCUUUAACUUCCUCUUUCUUUAUUUAGCUCGUAGGAGCUGCAGACUUUCCAUUUGACGUCCUCCUUAUAUCUUUAAGUCAUGCGAUAUAACAUUGUUGCAUCAUAAAAUACGAUUCUUUAUUUGUUUACCAAGAUCUGACAUAUAUUGCUACCUCUAUUUUCUUCCAUCAAAGUUAUCUUGCAAUCUGUCCUCCACUUUUCUUGGUCAUGUCAAUUUUUUUAUUUACAUUAACACAUCUUUAAAAAGGUUUAACAAUCUUCAUAUUUUUGCUAAUUUUUACUCUAAAAAAUUUAGUGAGAAAGUCUAUAUUUCGAUUCCUUUUGUGACUACGUUGCCAAGUUCAUGAUUAUCAUUUUAUUUGCUGAUUUGCAAAUUCUGUUUUUAUUUCUUAAAACUGUUCUUAGUUUUUCAUCUGCACCAGGAAAUUCCAUGCAAUUUGCUUCUUUCAAGUUCAAAAUGAUUUUUUCUAUCACACUUCCCUCGUUUUAUAUCAUACCCUUGUUUGUUUGAAAAAGAAAUGUAAUUGAUUAUUUGUUUUCUUCUCUUUUACUUUUUCAGCGUUUCUCAAUUCCUCCGAGCAUCUACGUAACAGCUCGUCACCAAAUUCUCAAGAGACCUCAGGACGCCUUGGCAUUGUGGGUAGAGGAUGUACGCAGAGACAGUUUUAAGGUUUGCCUCAGGGAAACUAAGAUUUAUGAUGGUCUGCAUAAAAACAUCAAGGUGGUAAGUGAAUUCCUUUUGUUACCUGUUACAUGUUUGAAAGUAGACUCACGCGACAACCAAGCGGUUCCUCCCUUGCUGCAACUUACAGGGGCUGUGCCCUAGCAGAACCCAGUUGCCUCUGAGCUCUACCUUUGCUCUUUGCCUACUAGGAAAUCGUAGCUUUUUUCAUCCUAUCCUAGAUCCUAUGUUGGGUACCCUGUGAUUUACACAGGUUUAGAGCAAUGGGCUCCCAGUCUCUUAGAAACAACCUUGACUUGAGAAAGAAUAUAUUGAUAACAUUGUUAACACUUUUUCACUUGUCCUUCAGGACUGGAUAGCAUUUGUUAAGCUCAUGACGCUGAAUUCUACCUUGAUCCAUGGCCUUGUAACAACAAAGAAUAACUCACCACUAAAAUUAAACAAGCAACAAAGCAAGGCCCUCUGUCAGGUAAAGUAACUAAUAAACUAUACUGUUUUGGUUUCUCAGUCACUUAUAUUCAUAAACAGAAAAUAUCGUCAACUAUUUAAACAACAUAUAUCAUAUACCGCAUAUGUGUAGAAAAACUUAAUAACGCUGAUUCUUUUCUUUUCUUUUUUUUAUAGAUAAUAAAGUUCACUGAUGCUUUCUAUGCCCCUCCGAUAGUAAUGGUUUCACCAAGACUCAGUUACCAUAACAACAACUCCCGUUUCUCGGCUUCUGGAACUUGUAACGCAGUUACUGUGUGGAUUCAGGUAACAUAUGAAACUUGGAGCCAUUUUUCUUAGCCCAUUGCGUCCUUAGGCUGCCUUCUUAUCUCUUCCCUUCGAACUUACUUUUAGAAUUGUCUCUGUUUCAAUUUUUCACGUCGUUUAAGGAGUCCAAAAAAGUUUUUUUUUGUCUUCUUUUUUCACAAUUUUUCCAACCAACCUGUGCACGCCACGGUUUCGCUUUCUAAACGACCUUUGGUAGUGACAUAGCAGUUAAGGUAAGAAAAUACCUGAUGAUGCUUAAUGAUUGAUAAUCUGAUACUUCUUAUGAUUGUGUCUAGCAUACCUUUACAAACGAAACCGAGGUGUGUAUGAGAAGAUACAGCAAUAACGCCAAUUAUAAGGACAUCGUACAACUGGAUUACCUGGUGAUUGGAGGUACGUAAACAAUAUAUCAAAACCCUUGGUAAAGGUUGUAUGCUGCAGUGUAUCAAGUACAUUUUAUGACAUGAAUCUUUUGAAGUUGUUUCAUGGAGAGCUUUUUUUCUCUAAUUGAUGCUAUGUUUUUGUUAUCUCUAUUUUUGGGGAUUGUAGAUUUGGUUGACUGAGCUGAAAAACGGGAUCAUAUGCAUUCUUAUCCUUUUCUUAGAGUCGCCAGUGUUGUUGCAUCUACCUGCAAUGCAUCUUAUCAUCUUAUCUUUUUAAGUUAUGGGCGCUUUAAAUCCAUCUGUUGUUAUUUGUUUAAUUAUCUUCAGACUUGGAUCCCUGCAUAGACGUUACGUGUUAUUAUUACAGCUUCUGUAAGGCGUUUGGACCCCAUGAUGCACGCUGUGUAUGUGUGGAUAGCUGCCCAUCUUACAAAGAACCCGUUUGCUCAUCAAAUGGCACAACGUACGACAACAGAUGUUUGUUUGAAAGAGAAGUUUGUCUACAUCGACUAAACUUAACCGUGCAACAUCCUGGCAGCUGUGAAGGUUAGUACAUUUGUUUUUGAAUCUGUUAAAAAGUGAUUUUUUCUUUUUAUUAGAUUUCAGUAUUAAUCCCUUAGUGAAUUUUUCGAAUGAGCUAUUUACUUACCCAUGUAAUCUGGAGGGAAAAACGGCGAUAGAUGCAUGACUUUAUGGAAGUACAGAAUUUUACGUAAUUUUGCUAAAACGUUUGUCAUGCACAGGAGCAAUGCUAAUAAGAAUACUGGUCAGAAAAAGUGGCGGAUACAGUUAUAUUUAAGCAUUUUAAGUUAAUGCUCAACGAAAAUAUUUGUUUUUUUUAUAUAUGUAUCACUGAAAGAAAUUUAAAACUGAUUCUUCUCUCUCUGAGAUUAGUAGUAGUAGUAGUAGUAGUAGUAGUAGUAGUGGUAGUGGUAGUGGUAGUGGUAGUGGUAGUGGUAGUGGUAGUGGUAGUGGUAGUGGUAGUGGUAGUGGUAGUGGUAGUGGUAGUGGUAGUGGUAGUGGUAGUGGUAGUGGUAGUGGUAGUGGUAGUAGUAGUACUGGUAGUAGUAGUAGUAGUAGUAGUAGUAGUAGUAGUAGUAGCAGUAAUCGUUUGCAUUUCGUACCCGGACGUAGCUCUGCCUGACAUAUUUGGAUAACCUUUCCUAGAGUUAUAUUUUUUUAAGCAUAUCUGGAACUGAAUCUUUUCUUUGCGCGAAGUAGUAGUUACAGUGAAUGUUCACUUUCCUUUCCUUUAGCGCUUAUAGGCUUGACCAUUUGCCACCGUGUAGCUCUGCUCAGAAUGCAAGUUCUAAUCUCUCCACUGCUUGCCAUGCUAUUUACCUAAUGCAGUGACAAGCGAUACAUUGUCCGGUGUGAAGUUUCCCUGGACUUGUAUAGUAGAGAGUAACAACCCUCUUUAUUAGAACCACUCAUUUGCUGCUCUGUUAGCAUUUUUAAGUUCUGGGUAAAUGCCCUUUGCUCCGCAUGCUUGUCAUAUUAAUCUAUAGUUCAUCUUGAAAUGUGUUUUCUAGGAUUUCCUUUUCAGCGUGGUCGUCGUCACAUGCCACAUAUUCCAUCCUUGGGCUACUCUCACUGUCAUGCCAUUCAUUUCAAACCGUUUGUGUUUUACCCUGACAAACCCAUUCAAGUGCAGAUAACUGUCAAUCAUAUGGAUACCAGUGACAAAUCGUAUGUCCAUGACGCGGCAGUAUCGUGGGUUGAAAAUGUGAAUAACGACGGAUUCACUGCUUGUGUGAUGGCGGCAGGAUAUAAUGAACGAAAGUCGUAUGCUAACGUGACAGUUGAUUGGAUGGCGUACCAAGGUGCUCCAGUGGGCGGCGUGACUGGUGAAGUGCGCAUGUCACAGUGGUGGACUGGUACGACUUGUGCGACUGUCAGGUUUCCUACAGUGAGUGGCCUUUGUUGGGCUUUCUUGUCCUUUUCAUUCUUUUCAAGAUCAUAUCUUUUGAAACGCCUCACUUCUACUGAGUUCACUCAGUUAAUAACAGAUCGUUUUCAAUAUGCAUCAGCAGUGAUUUGUCGUUCUGGUGCAGCCGUACACUUAUUACCAAUUAAUAGUCGAACAAUGUCACUGUAGUACAAAUUAUUCUUUUACCAAUUUCCAGCAUAUCACAAAUGUCAUGGGUUCCUUUUUGCAAAAAUACGAAAUUAAUUCCUGUUCGUAGCUUUCUAAGAGUUGAGAGUUGCCUAACUCGCAUUUAUUUUUCAGGGAAAAUUCUCUGUGAUACCGUCGGUAUUUGUGACUGCCAAGCAUUACAAUCCAGGAUUAAAACGUGACGCAGCAAGCAUAUGGAUUGAAGAUGUCACACAAUCAUCCUGCAAAGUUUGCUUGAGAGAAUUGCAAAACUACGCUGGAUCACACCAAGACGUUGUUGUUGUAAGUAACGCUAAUCUCAUGGAAUCGAACGAACAGCGUUUUUCGUUGGAAACUAAGUGCAGCAGACUGGUAUCUUUCUCCAUCUCAUCUUUUCGCUUUUUACGCUUCCAGAAGUUGGUCCAGCAGAGAUGCACGAUUUUUUGCUUGAAAAUAUAUUUCCCUCCAUCUCUUUCCUCUUCAUCCGGCUAUGUCAACCUGACCAUGUUAUUGCUUUCUUAUAACCUAAGAUGUCGGUGGCUGUUUUAUAUAAACCUUGUUGAGAGAUUACCAUUUAUAUUUUAUUUUCGACGUUGACACAAUCUUUUGGUAGUUAGGACGUGAGACUGAAAAAGAAUUCUUUCUUUCUAUUCUUAUUUAUUUAUUUACUUUAUUUCAGAAUUGGUUAGCGUUUUCAUAUCUUGACGAGCCUCCCUUCUCAGAACACAAUUCGAUUUACUUUUCGAAUGAUAAACCUCCCGCGCAGAGUCACUAUAAUGCCUUCUGCAAGGUCAGUAUUCCAGUCCUUUCAUUAGUCUUUUGGAUUUCAAUUCCCGUCACAGUGCAGUUAAUUUUAUUGAAUAAAUUUACUAUCAGAGAGCAAAAGAAAACGGUUCCCCUAUCAUGUCUCUAGUGAUGGUAGUUGCAUUUAAUCAGUUUAUCAGGCUGUCUGUCAUAUUUCAGUGAAUAUUUAAAAUGAAAAUGAAAUAUAGAUUAUAAAUGCCCUAAUGCGGAACAAGUCUUUACCUUUAUAUAAAUGUCAGAGACUGAAUUUUUACAUUUAUGUAAUUUCUUUUCACAGGACGCUACUUUUGCUAAAGUUCAUAACUCAACUCCACAUGUGUUUGUUUCUGCCAAUCAUUCCACCAAAAAUGGAAGUCAGAGUCCAAUUCAUAACAGCAUAGCUGAGUGGGUAGAGGUAUGUUUUUAUUUAUCUAUUUAUCUACUUUUUCAUUUAUUUUAUGAAUUUCUGUAACAUACCACUUGCAACCACACUUACAUGUGUUGUGUGCAUGUUUAAAAACCUUAUGAAUUUCAAAAUACGAAUGACUGUAAUUAACACUCUCUAUUUUACAAUACAGAUAGCGUCCUAUUGAGAAUAACAGCUUAUAAAACGCCAAACGAGCGGAAAACAGCAGAAAAGUUUAAUUUUAUCCGUUUAACUAACGAUCAGGCAAAACCCUAGUAAAAUAGCCAUGAAUUAUGGAAAGUUGUUAAAAUUGUGUUUUAAAAAGCUGUGCAGCAGUAUAGGAGAUGGUAAGCCGCUGUUUUGUUUUUCCGGGAGACAAAUGUUGUCAACAAAAAGCAAUAGGAAAACUAAACUUGAUGUUAAGCAAGCGAGAAUGAGCUAAGAGAGCGAAUUUCUGGGCCCCAUGAUGAUUAUUUGGAAUCUAUUGAAAGUUCGCACGCGUGCGAUGAAGGUUAUUUUUAUCUGCUGUUUCCUUGACCCGCGCGGUCUACUUUCCCGUGCACGACAUAAUAAUUUCGUCGCCAAACAUUUGAAGUUUGGCAGCAGUUAUAGCAAUUAUCGCAUGAGAGGUUUAAGUUGUUGACAUGUAAUAACUUGCACUCAAUUGUCCUCUUUCCUCUUCCCUUUGAAGCCCUGUCAUGCAAACUUCUUAACAUGUGUCAAUCUGAGAAAUAUGGAAAGUCUUUCUAGUGAACACCUACCUGAACUGUUCUAUAGUUUUUUUCUACAAGCAAGGGAGAAAAAACGCCGUCAGCCGUCUGUGUGAACUACUUAAUGAGCUGAUAAACAUCCCUUUCUUGCAGUACAUCAACAAGACAGGCUUUCGUGCUUGUGUCAAAGAAUUAUAUGAAGCAAAAUAUGACCCACUGUCAGUAACGUACACAGUGUUGUCAGGUAAGUGCUCCACUGCUUCAAAACUAAUAAACUUCAGUACUUACAAGUCUCUGAAUAAAUAAAAAAAAAGAAUACAAGUAAUACACAAAAGGAAUGCACAAAAACUGGAGGAAAUAAAAAAAAUUGCAUUCGGGUGAUGAUGAAAAACAGCGUUCAUCCCUUUUUUCCAAAUACAUAUUAAUGUGACUGUAUAAUGGAGUGCUUUAUAAAGCUUGCAGUAGUUUUUGUCUUAUGUAUUGCCUUUAUUUUGUCCUGAACACAAAGCUUCUGCUUUUCCAUUUCUUUUUUUAAUCGCAAAAGCGGAAAUAACAAAAAUGUUCGAAGCACAUAACUGCACGUAAAGCUAUACAUUUUAAGCGAUAUGAUUAUAUGCAGUUCACAAAUUCCUACUUUGUAUACGCGCAGACAUCUGUCCAUCUGGAUGGGAUUACUUCAAUGGAUACUGCUAUUUAUCAAGCUCUGUAUGCGCACCUUGGGUGACUGCUGUGUCCAACUGUUCAGCAAUGAACUCAUAUCUGGUAACAGUACACAACCAAGAGGAAAAUGUCUUCAUUCAGCACCGUGAUAAUGGAGAGCGAUCAUGGAUUGGACUUAAUGACCGAAGCGUUGAGGGAUCAUUUGUCUGGACAAGCAAGGAAAUAACCAGUUUUCGGUUCUGGGCUCCGCAACAACCAAACAACUGGAAAAACGAAGACUGUGUUCACACUCUGGGUGCCAAUGAUGGCUACACUUGGAACGAUGUUUCCUGCGAUAACUGCUAUAACUAUACUUGUGUUCAAGGUAAAAGAGGUCAUCAGGUCCGUUUUACAAUUUACAUUAAAUGAUCUGUUAGUUGGCACCUGAGGGAAUCUUAUCUUCUGUAAAGGGUUGUGGCUUACUUCAAUAUUUCAUGCCAGGAAUGUAACCAAAACAUCAAAAAAGCCAUCUAAUGUAAACGCGCAUGAAUGUAGUAUUAUCUUUCAGUCAUAGUUAGUAGAGGAGAUUGGUUAUAAAAGCCGACAAACGGCAUCAAAGCUUAAGAUUUUAACAAAGGUGCUGCAGUUUAUGUUGGUAGCUAUCUUCUUUUAUUUUCUCACAAAAUGCGAAUGAAUAAAUCAAUGCGAUGUUUUUAUAGCCUGUGUACAGACGCCCCCUCCCCCUUUUUUUGAGGGGAGGAGGGCGUCUGUACACAGGCUACGAUUUUAUUGGUGACAGAAUCAAAAUGAUAGGAAUGGUAUUGAACUUUUCACAACGUCGGUCAAGUCCGAAAAAGGUAACCAAAAAAAAAAACAUAUAUACUGGUAUUAUAAAGACGUUUGUAGGGCUUCGAAGCCACUCCACUUUUAUUAACUUUGCUUCAGUUUAUGUGUCAAACCUGACCGAAUAUAUCAAGGAAAAAAUGGGCACGCGACCGAGCUUAUUCGACAGUUGUUAAGGUGUCAUAACGAGAGAUGAAAGCAUUGUGUCCAGUGUUUGACAAAUUCAAAGAAAUUUCCUUUUUUUCUUUUCAAGAGUUUUUGUAUGAAUUCAAGUUGAGAAUAUCAUUUUAGAAAAUAUACACGUAUCAAUGUCAUCGAUCAACAAUAGAACAUGUGAGUGAAUGAAGGGCCGUGAUUUCUUUCAGAAAUUGACGAUUGCACGACUAACUAUCACAGAUGUAAUGUGAAUGCUGCUUGCCAGAAUACCGUGGGCUCAUACAAAUGUACUUGCAAAGCUGGAUAUUCUGGAAAUGGCCGCAAAUGCGUUGGUAAGUACUGAAGUUUGCUUUCAGACAUCGUCCAUAUUUUACCCUAAAACUUCGCAAACUGACUGAAUUCAUUCUUUUCUGAUGUUGUUUGUUAAUUAAAAAAAGUAGUUUACGCGUCUUUAGUAUCUUUUUACGGACAUCAUACUGUAUAUGUACAGUGCUGUAAUUAAGUUUUUCAUUUAUCUAUUGUAGUCGUAAAUUUCUUAUAAUUUCGAAAUAUUUCUAAUAGGCUCUCAGUCUAAGGCGGCAACAAUAAGCCACCAACCUUUAGUGGUAAUUUAAUGGAUUUUGAGCAAACAUAUAGUCUGCCCUUUUGCUUCGCAAACUGAGUGUUGAGCUUAUUUAUAGACUAGAUAAAUAUGCUUUGUUGUGUAUGUAUAGUACUGUUAUUGAUUUCUCUAUCUUUAGUAUUCGAAACUUUCUAAUAAGCCUCCAGUCUAAGGCGGCACCAACCUUUAGUGGAUGGAUUUUGAGCAUUAUACUAUCGCGUAGUUUUUACGUGACUGCGUAGGCGCGUUAGUUUUACGUACGUCAAAAAAUAAGUAAGUAAAGAAAGUAAAAUAAGGGUUAUUUAUGAAGCCCCCAGUCUAAGGCGGCACCAACCUUUCGUGGAUGGAUUUUGAGCAUUAUAAACAAACUUGCACCAAUGUAUGGAACAACGUUUUACACGAAUUUUCACUCUUUCAAUUAAAACAAUUACGAAAACUGGUAGGUGUACUUCCGUUUGGGGAUUGGAUUGAAUUUAAGAAUUUCAUUGGUAAUAACCUUAUAGUUUGAUAUGAUUAAAAAAUAAACUCGAAAAUGAAAAUUUCACUUUUAGGCCUCAAGGUCGCCCCAAUUCAGACUGAAGACAAUAUAAAGCCCCAACGGGGUGUAAAUAAAGGAAAUUCGGAAGGAAAUGUCGGGGAAGGUAUUGCCUUGUUGUUUUUGGCACAUGAAAUCAAUGUUUUAUAAUUUUGUCUUUGUUUAUAGAUAUCGACGAGUGUAAGAGCAAAACCCAUAACUGUGACAGAAAUGCGUUAUGUAAGAACACUGAGGGGUCCUUUACUUGCACCUGCAAUCGCGGUUACAAGGGAGAUGGAAAGAAGUGUAGAGGUAACUAUCUAGCACUCUUUUAGUAAAGGUUGGUUUCCACUAUCGCGUAAUUUUUACGUGACUGCGUGAGCGCGUUAGUUUUACGUACGUGAGUAAAAUAAGGGUUAUGUAUGAAAGAUCGUGAGUAAAGGUAAAAGUUGACCCAUGCUAAACUUUACGCGCGUUCAUUUUACGAGCGUACUCGCGUAAAUAUUACGCGGCAGUGGAAAUCCGCCCUAAGUUCUUAAUAACCAAAGAUAGUUUAUACAUCCAGCACACUCACUCAUUCCACUGCUUUUAUUUAUUCUCCCUGGCACCGGUUGUUCAAACGUUGGAUAGCGCUUUGCAUCGGAUAAAUCACUACCCACUACUGGAUGGCUAUGAACAACUGGGCUAUGUAACUUUGUAACCCCACCAUAUCCGCAGAAGCCACCGGUUUAUCUGUAACGUAGAGUUAAAAGAGGAGAAUGUCAAGAAAGAAUUUUUAAAGUUAUAUAUACCUGGUAAAAUAAAUGCAAUUUAUGUUUAUCUUUGUUUUUUCAGAAAUCGACGAGUGUACAAGCAAAACUCAUAACUGUGACAGAAAUGGGUUAUGUAAGAACACUGAAGGGACUUUCACCUGCACCUGUAAACCCGGUUACAAGGGAGAUGAGAAAAAGUGUAAAGGUAUAAAUAUCUCAAUAGCACACGCAAUUCUCGCGUUGUCUGCUUUUAUUAGUUAAACACAUUUGUCAUGGAUUCUUAGCUAUGAACUGGAAUUAGCCUACAUCAACGGGCUUAAGCCAGGGAAUCUGUCCACAUGCAAUUAUUCUUUAAUGAUUUUCCUCCCCAAUAGCCUCAACUCAAAGUUACCUCCAGCAACAGCAAUCACUGCUCUUCUGAAUGAAUGAAACAAGAUCCGGGAAGCCGAUGGCAUAUGUACCUGUAUAUUAGUACCAUAGAUUAUAAGUCUCUUUGAAAACGAUUGCAGGCUUGAUUAAUUCAGUAAUUGAGCUUUGUGAAACUAUCUUCACUUCUUCUUUAGUUUCAUUUUACGCACGUUUUCUUCUUUUAUUUUCACCUUAAGAUUAAAGUGAAAUUCUCGUUUCUUCAUAGAAGCUUUGCAAACUUUUUCCAAACAACAAUUCUUCAAAGUUGAUCUCUGAUGUUGAUAUCUAUUUUGUUGUAGCGUCACGCGGGCUCGUUUCCUACGAUCCCGCUCAAUCAUGCAAAGAAAUCAAGGACUUAGGUAUCUCCAAUGGCGACGGGAAGUACUGGAUUGACCCUGGAAGGACUAAAAGGCCUUUCAAGGCAUAUUGUGACAUGACAACUGACGGAGGUAAGGUUUGACUUGAAGAUGACACCUCUUUUAUGCUGGUCUUAUUUUAUAAAAUAAGUUCACAAAAUAUGCAUUGUUUGUGCCAGGCCUCGUUUCGGGGACAACUUGAAAGACUGUUAGCAUUUGCUUACCGAAUCACGGAUAUCUUAGUUCGCGGGAGUCAACACAUGGCUGAUGAAAACUGAUUGAAUUUCAGGGGGAUGGCUUCUUGUAUCCAACGUUGUUUCGCACGGUUCUUCAACGACUCAGUUGCCAGUUAAGACAUCGUACCGCGGAAUAAGCAGCAAAGAGAUGGUACUCACAAAAAGCGCCAUGAAGGAGCUGAGAAAGCACUUGCAUUUUACUCAGAUGAGAUUCCACUGCAAGAAAAGAGGAGGUCGCACAUUUCACAUCACCACGGCUGCUAAUAGCAAAGGCGAAGCAGUUGCCAAAUAUCUUAGUGGUGAGACAGCUGUGAUACCCGCUUCAUGUGGCUCGUUUGUGAUUAUGAGCAAUGAUAACUCGCGGUUAGCAAGACUCUGCCAACAUUGGGGAAAGGAAAAUGGUUAUUAUAAAGUUGGCAAAUGGGGCCAUGAAAGAGAUCAGGAUAGAUUAUCCUUCCACACUGCUUUUGUAUGGGACUACCCUCGUCAAGGAGUGGGGAAUUAUUUUUGGAAUCUUGAACCAGGUGGCAGAUGGGAAUGCGACGAUUUUAAUGUUGGAGUGUCCCCUGGUGAUUUUUGGAAAAUAUUCGUUCGCUAGAUAGAAACUUGAUAAGUCGAGGUCACCGUAACGAGAGCCUCAGUAAACGUUGACGCGGUUUAUUUUUCAGGGCGUAGAUAAACAGAUCGACACUAUUAUUUGCACCGGUGUCUAGAGUACAAACCAGGGACGGCUUUAAUGAGGUCUUUGUCAGAUCGUAGUCGUUAGGAAACUGUAGAGCAUUUUGUGGAAUGACAUUGCAGAAACAAUAAAAACUAACUAAAUGGGG